UAAAGACAACGUAAGUUUAAACCUGUUGUUGAUUUGUCAUGCAGAUUUUGAAACCAGCUUUUACAAUAAUCGUUGAUCAUGACAUGAGAUGCCUUUUGUUGUUGAUUCGUGGCACACAUAGUAUCAAAGAUACUCUAACAGCUGUUACAGGAAAUGUGGUACCAUUCCAUCACACUGUUGUUCACCAAGGUGGGGUUAGAGAUUUGGUUUUAGGUUAUGCCCACUGUGGAAUGGUUGUUGUUGCUAGAUGGAUUUCAAAGCUUGCAACUCCUUGUCUCCUUGAAGCACUUGGCCACUACCCUGAUUAUAAAGUCAAGAUUGUUGGGCACUCUUUGGGUGGAGGUAUUGCAGCAAUUCUAACUUAUGUGUUGAGAGAGAGAAAGGAACUGUCUGUCGCUGCAUGUGUUACAUUUGCUCCAGGUCAGUCUUUUUGGUAUCAUCCACCUUUCUUGCUUGUGUUUAUUCUAGUUGCUGGUUUAGUUUAUCUAAAUUUAAAUGACAUUCUCAUCAUGCACAGGACCAAAGCAUCUUUGCCAGGAUUUANUGUUUAUCUAAAAAUCGCAGUGCCAGUUGGAGCAACAGAAUGGAAAAGUUGGAGUGAGUUUGGGAAUGAGAUUGUUGAGAGGGAGAAGAUAGCUCCUCUGAUAACAAUUUGA